GCGCCUGUAAGCGAGGUCACGUGAGCGUCCGGAAGCUCUGGCCACAUCCCGCUUGGGUGAGGUGGCGGCGGGGGCGGCGGGAGAGGAGGCUAGCGGAGCGGGUACUUCGGCUGGUCUCAGAAAGAAGAAACAAUGUAACUCAGUCACUGGGAAGACUGAGGUCAAGGUGAAGAGGGAAGUGGGAAGAGCAUGGCCUGGCCACAAUUUUUGCAGAGAGGAGCUCUCCUCACCAGCUUCAGCCAUCACCAUGUUGCUGUGUUCCUGCUUACAUUCUUCAGCUAUUCAUUGCUCCAUGCGUCCAGAAAAACAUUUAGCAACGUGAAAGUCAGUAUUUCCAAGCAGUGGACCCCAAAUCCUUUUAACACAUCAGUUGACCUGCCUGCAGAGAUCUGGAGCAGCAACCACCUGUUUCCCAGCACAGAGGAAGCCACUCUUUUUCUUGGAACACUGGAUACUGUGUUUUUGUUCUCCUAUGCUGUGGGCCUCUUCAUCAGUGGUAUCAUAGGGGAUCGGCUGAAUUUGCGAUGGGUUCUGUCUUUCGGCAUGUGCUCGUCUGCGUUCGUGGUGUUUGUCUUUGGUACUCUUACGGAAUGGCUGCACUUCUACAACAAGUGGUUCUACUGCAGCCUGUGGAUUGUGAACGGCCUGCUGCAGUCCACUGGCUGGCCCUGUGUGGUUGCUGUGAUGGGCAACUGGUUUGGGAAAGCUGGCCGAGGAGUUGUCUUUGGUCUCUGGAGUGCCUGUGCGUCAGUGGGCAAUAUUUUGGGAGCAUGCCUGGCUUCGUCGGUUCUACAGUAUGGUUAUGAGUACUCACUGGCCUACGCCUGCCUGAAGCUAGUGAAUUACUCAUUCUUCUUCUGGCUGCCCUUUUAUCUGAGUAACAACUUCGGGUGGAAGGAAGCCGAAGCUGACAAGUUGUCCAUUUGGUACGAUGUUGGAGGCAUUGUAGGUGGGACUCUGCAAGGCUUCAUCUCUGAUGUACUGCAGAAGAGAGCACCUGUGCUGGCCCUCAGCCUGUUCCUGGCAGUUGGGUCCCUUGUUGGGUACAGUCGCUCUCCAAACAAUAAGUCCAUCAAUGCGCUUCUGAUGACCAUUACAGGGUUUUUUAUCGGUGGACCAUCCAAUAUGGUUAGCUCCGCUAUUUCUGCAGAUUUGGGUCGCCAAGAGCUGAUCCAAGGAAGCAGCGAGGCUCUGGCGACUGUCACUGGGAUCGUGGAUGGAACAGGGAGUAUUGGUGCUGCCGUGGGCCAGUAUCUGGUGUCUUUGAUCCAGGACAACUUAGGAUGGAUGUGGGUUUUCUACUUUUUUAUUCUCAUGACAAGUUGUACAAUUCUGUUUAUCUCACCGUUAAUAGUGAGGGAAGUAUUCUCUCUUGUGCAAAGGAGACAAGCUCACACACUUAAUGAGUGAUGGGUACCUACAGGAGAGAACGGACUGGGAAGCUUAUGAGGGCCCAUAGGCCUUCAGUUCACUCGUGUGGAGUUCUCUAAACACUAAUGGAGCCUCAGCUCGUCAGGCAUCCUACAGCACUGCCAGCUACCCCAGACACUGGCAAGUAAGGGGUGAAUUAUUUUUGUACACUACAGCAAUUACUGAAGAUUUUUAUUACAUUUGUGAAUGUACUGAAAGGAAAAUGAACCUGCCAGCAUCUUUGUUGGGCUUGUCAGCUUAUCCCUGUAACCUUAAAUACCGGUUUUGGUCCUGGACCCUUGUUCUUCAGCCUUAAUCAAGAGCGAAGUGAGCAGGAGGUAAAAUCAUGUUGUAUCGGUGAGAAGACUGGUACAGUGGUACAGUGCUCUGAUACCACAUCUGCAGAGAGUGGAUCACUACUAAGGCAUAGAGCAGAGCUGACACCAGAUGAUGCUACAGGCCUGCCAUGGACGGGACGCACCUUUACUGGGGUGGAAAGAUCACACUGUGCGAUGGCUGGGUCACCCUGUGGCUUCCGGAAGUCCUUGUUCUCUCUAGAAUGGCUGUUCGGAUUGCUCUGCUCCAACUUCACCCACAUUUGACUGACUCCUAGGAGCAGUCUUCUGUUCGUGGACUAUUAAGUUAUUUCAGACAUUCCAGAAUUGGAGCUUUCAACCCCAGAUUCACAGUCUGGGAACGAUCAGACCCUCUGAGAAGCCGUUCUCUGCAGCCUUAUUGUUGGAAGAUUGGUCUCUGUGGCAGUGGCAGCCGGAGCCGCAGCCGGGUUCCUGGAGGUACCUCAGCAGAAGAGCAGGCUUAGAGAAAAGACAAAGGCUCUUUGUCCUGGGGGUGUGAAGUGUGUGUAUUGAAUCAUGUUAGUGGAUUGUUAGGGCCUGAGGCCUGCCCUUUUUAGAAGGUUGUAGAGUGUAUGCCUUCAAGACUAUGAAUUCUAUGUGAAUCAAUACUUUAAGGUCAUUCUGUACAUAUAUUUUAAAUUAUGUAAAAAACUAGGAGGAAAAUGUUCAAUUUUGAGGGACACCUAAUUCACAUUGGGUUAGGAAAUAGUCUUUCACUUCUCACUUUAUGCUCCAAAGUAUGUAUUGAUGAACUUGAGGAACACUACAGAUUUCUGACCAUUUUCCUGUUCAAUCACUGACAUAAAGGGAAAACACGAAACAUAGGAAGGGAGGGGAAACAAACCCCGGCUUUGAUAAUAAACGUCCAGCCGUUUGGUUACUUAAUCUCA